GGGGGGUCCCAUCGAUGGCACCGCGCUGCCGCCGCCAAGGAGAAAGGUGCUGACUGAAGGUGCCCUGGCUUCUCCCAGAACGAUGCCAGCACUCCGAGAGCCCCCCGUGCCCCUGGCUGUGCCAGUGUGACCCGUGGCACUGAGCCUGCUGUGUGGCACUGAGCCUGCUGUGUGGCACUGAGCCUGGUGGCCCCCAGCUCGUCCCUGCUGCCCAAAGAUGAGUGAUGGCAUGUGGAUCUCGCUCAGCCCCGCUGAGUUUGCCCAGCUGCAGCAGUACACGGACUACUCCACCAAGAAGCUCAAGGAUGUUCUGGAGGAGUUCCACGGGGACGGUGUCCUGUCGAGGUACAACCCUGAACAGCCCAUCGACUACGAGGGGUUUUGCCUCUUCAUGAAGACCUACCUGGAGGCAGAUGUGCCCGAGGAGCUUUGCCAGCACCUCUUCACUUCCUUCAAGCGUAAGAUCUGCCAAGCCUCCCCCGAGAGCCAGCAGCAGAGCCCUGGUGUGUCUCAGCACAGCAGCCUCGGGAUCAACGGGAAAACCCUUCGAGGUGCUCUGGGAAGGCACACUCCCGAGCCCAAGGGCUGCCAGAGCAACACAGCCGAGCCACAGCCAGCAUCCCUCACGCUGGCAUCCAUCCCCAGUGCCUCCCCCAGCUGGUCCAGAUCGUCCUCCCAGAAAUCCACCACUGGCACCGCUUCAGCUCACAACUCCUCGGGCUCUUCCAAGAUCUCCUCUGUGUCUGUGCUCAGCCCUCAGUCACCAGGCACGAGGAGCACGGAGAAGAGGUUGCCCUUCAGCCUGAGGAAAGGCCCCAGCUCCCUGAAAGCCACCCCACCUCCUCCUCCCACCCCCGUGGCCCAGGUGGUCCACCUGAAGGACAUUGUCUGCUACCUGUCCCUGCUGGAGAGGGGACGAGCAGAGGACAAGCUGGAGUUUAUGUUCCGCCUCUACGAUACCGAUGGGAAUGGUGUCCUGGACAGCUCGGAGCUGGAUCGUAUCAUCAACCAGAUGGUGCACGUGGCUGAGUACCUGGAGUGGGACUCCACUGAGCUGAAGCCUAUCUUGAAGGAUAUGAUGGAAGAGAUCGACUACAACCACGAUGGGACUGUGACGCUGGAGGAGUGGAUCCGGGGGGGCAUGACCACCAUCCCCUUGCUGGUCCUGCUGGGGAUGGAGACAAACGUGAAAGAUGAUGGGCAGCAUGCCUGGAGGCUGAAGCACUUCAAGAAACCUGCCUACUGCAACUUCUGCCGCACCAUGCUGCUGGGGGUCCGCAAGCAGGGCCUCUGCUGCUCCUUCUGCAAGUACACGGUCCACGAGAGGUGUGUGUCCAAAGACAUUGCUUCCUGCAUCAGCACCUAUGUUAAAUCCAAGAGGAACACAAGUGUGAUGCAGCACACCUGGAUCGAGGGCAACUCACCUGCCAAGUGUGACAGAUGUCACAAGAGCAUCAAGUGCUACCAGGGCAUCACUGGCCUGCACUGUGUCUGGUGCCAAGUCACGCUCCACAACAAGUGUGCCUCCCAUGUGAAGCCAGAGUGUGACGGGGGCCCUCUGCGGGACCACAUCCUGCUCCCAUCCUCCAUCUGCCCAGUUGUGCUGGACAGGCAGUCCCACUGCCGGCGCUCGGAGAGCGACUCCCCUGCCAGCACCAGCCCCGAGGACAGCCAGGGCUUCAAGUUCAACUCCACCACAGUGGAUGGGCAAGGGCUGCAGAUCAGCCCUCAGCCCGGGACUCACCCACUGCUCGUGUUUGUCAACCCCAAGAGUGGAGGAAGGCAAGGGGAGCGGGUCCUCAGGAAGUUUCACUACCUGCUGAACCCACGCCAGGUGUACAACCUGGACCGGGGCGGCCCCACGCCAGGGCUGAACUUCUUUCGGGACACUCCAGAUUUCCGCGUGCUGGCCUGCGGAGGGGACGGCACGGUGGGCUGGAUCCUGGACUGCAUAGAUAAGGCAAACCUGGUGAAGCACCCGCCGGUGGCCGUCCUGCCCCUGGGGACAGGCAACGACCUGGCGCGGUGCCUGCGCUGGGGAGGAGGCUAUGAAGGAGGCAACCUGAUGAAGGUGCUGAAGGACAUAGAGCACAGCACGGAGGUGAUGCUGGACCGCUGGCACAUCGACAUCAUUCCUACUGACAGGGAGGCCAACGGAGACCCUGUCCCAUCCACCAUCAUCAACAACUACUUCUCCAUUGGCGUGGAUGCCUCCAUCGCCCACCGCUUCCACAUCAUGCGAGAAAAACACCCUGAGAAAUUCAACAGCAGGAUGAAGAACAAGCUGUGGUACUUCGAAUUCGGGACGUCAGAGACCUUUGCAGCCACCUGCAAGAAGCUCCAUGACUAUGUGGAGGUUGAGUGUGAUGGGACCCUGCUGGACCUGAGCAACACAUCCCUGGAGGGCAUUGCUGUCCUCAACAUCCCCAGCAUGUACGGGGGCUCCAACCUGUGGGGUGAGACCAAGAAACAGCGUGGCUACAACCGGCUGGGCAAGAAGGCACCCGAGAAACUGCCUGGCACCGUGGUCACCGAUGCCAAGGAGCUCAAGUUCUGUGUGCAGGACCUCAGCGACCAUCUCCUGGAGGUGGUGGGGCUGGAAGGAGCCAUGGAAAUGGGGCAGAUCUACACGGGGCUGAAGAGUGCAGGCAAGAGACUGGCCCAGUGUUCCUCUGUCAUCAUCAGGACCUCCAAGCUGCUGCCCAUGCAGGUGGAUGGGGAGCCCUGGAUGCAGCCAUCCUGCACUGUCAAAAUUACACACAAAAGCCAGGUGCCCAUGCUGCUGGGGCCCCCCCAGAAGAGCAGCUUCUUUUUCCUGAAGAGGAGAAACCGAACUCGGGAUUAAAGCAUCAUCCAAGGAUGCACAGCCUGGAGGCACUCAGCAUCCCAGGCACCUGCCUGAUGCAGGGGUCCCCAGAUCCCAUCCUGUGGAGGGGACUGAAACUCCCCCUCCAAGCCCAGUGGGGAUUAUUUAUCCUGGGAAGGUCCUGCAGGCUCCUUGCUGAUCACCAGAAGCCUCCUCUCGAGCUGGGAUGGAAGAAGGGGGAGAAGGCAGGCUGCCAUGCAGAGAGCACAUUUGCUGGAGCAGCACCAGGACUGGGAUUUUUUCCCCCCCUUUAUUUAAAUACCCUCCAGCCAAGCUGCCAGUGAAUGUGCUCCUGAGGCAGCACUAAGCUCCACUUAUUUAUUUAUCAUCCUCCUGAAGACCACUUGAUGUCUCUCUGCACUGGCUUUCUGUCCCCCAGUCCUUGCAAUGGGAGGAAUUAUUUAUUUCCUUGGCCUAGAGGAGCCAUCUCAGCCACUCACCUCUGUGCUGUGGGGUUUAAGAGAGAUGCAAAGAACCAUUGCUGCCAGCCCAGUGAGCCAUGAUACAGGCUGGGGACAGACAGUGCA